AUCUAACACUUCCGGAUUAUGGAACCAAAACAUUUUGAUAAUGGCUGUUACUUUCAGUGCUGACUUGAUUUAUAUUUACAUGUUUACAAAUACCGGAGACACAUCAAGACGGUUUCUUUUGCAUUCGUGGUUUUUAUUUUAGUUUAUUAGUCAUAGUUGUUGGAACGGAGUGUUUAUUAUUCGUGCAUUUAUGUGAGAAUGCUAAGUGCUAGCUAGCUAGCUAGGUGGCUAAUUGAACCCGACUAGCCGGCUGUGUUUGUUUUUUGCUUUUGUCACUGUAAUAUUAAAAACAAGCUCGAAUUUGGUUGUCAUCUUGGAAUUACUUAGUACGUGUUUAAAAAAAAUUAAUAUGAGCAUGUAAAAACGCGAUCGGAAAUGGGUUAGCUGUUGUGUUGGUUAGUGCGCAUGCGCAGAGUUGCAUGGUCUGUCACGUUUUUCUUUUUCCUCCAAAGUGUCUCUUAAAAGACGAUUUCGGCACAGAGAGUGUGUUGGGGUAGCUGAGGGGCGAGCUGAUUAAGGUGUGUUGCAGAGGAUUUCAUGGUCGUGUCUGAUCUGAUCUGAUCUGAUCCUAUCCGAUCUGGUGACCGUUCAGACCCAGCCGGCCCCAUGGUGCUGCGCAGACUGCUGCGGAGGCGCUGGGUCCUGGGGGUCGUGUUCGGCUUCUCCCUCAUUUACUUCCUCACCAACACACUCAAACAGGAGGAGCGAAGCAUGCGAGAUCGGACUCUGCUGGAGGCGAGGGAAUCGGAUCACCCCAUUGCCUGGAAAGUCAAGUUCAACCUGGGCAACAGCAGCAGGCAGAUCACCCAGUGCAGGAACUCCAUCCAGGGGAAGAGCCUCCUCACUGAUGAACUCGGUUACGUGUGUGAGAGGAAGGACCUGCUGGUGAACGGGUGCUGUAACGUGAACGCGCCGCGCUCCGGGCAGUACAUGUGUAAGAGCUGUCUGCCCAACGGCUGCUGCAGCGUCUACGAGUACUGCGUGUCCUGCUGCCUCCAGCCUGACAAGCAACCUCUCCUGGAGCACUUUUUGAACCGAGCUGCUGAUGGAUUUCGGAAUCUCUUCACCGCAGUAGAGGAUCACUUUGAGUUGUGUUUGGCGAAAUGCCGCACCUCGUCACAGAGCGUCCAGCAUGAGAACACGUACAGAAACCCCCAGGCGAAGUAUUGUUAUGGCGAAAGCCCCCCUGAGCUCUUGCCCAUCUGACGGAGGAAAGUAUUUCCACACAAAUGUACUACCUCUCUCCUCUUCCGCUCAAGUGUAUUUAACGCUCUGGAUCUGACCGCCUCAGCACGCGGACGUAAAGCUGCACCAGAAACAAGAAGGAUGAACCGUAAUCGUGUCCAGGGAGCCACAUCGACCUCAUCCGUUUUCGUCAUCUAUAUGAUAUUUUGGGUUUGUGCCACAGCUUCCUAGAUAUACAUUACUCCAUCACAGGAAAUGCAUCACUGGACUGAUGUCAGAGGUUGAGCUCAGCCACAGAUGUGUGCAAUCUGUCCGGAACAGUACGUGGAUGCAAUAACUAUUGCUUCAGUGCUAUACAGUAAAAGGUAGAGCGUAACAUAAAACACAUCACAUUGUAAGAAAUUCAGACACAGUGAUCAGUCGUUAGUCUUGCAUGUGAAGUGCUAUUGUAUUAAAGCUCUAUGUUUAUUUAAUAAAUGUCAUUUUUACCGAC